GCCCGGUUGUUCAAAACUAUCGUUAAGCUAACGACAUCGUUAACUUUAACGAGUCGUUAGCUUCUUAAUCUGCGUUAGUUAACGACUGUGUUAAAUGUUGUUGUUCAAACAUAUUUAACGCUGUCGUUAACUAACGCAAAAUGUUAAUCACUUAACAAGAAAAGUUAACACUAGCGACAGGUAGUUUCGCACUUUUUCCCACAAUCCACUUGGAUUCUGUGGCUGAAGAUACCAAGAUGGCUGCAAAGCAGAGGGAAAGAAAACCAAAUUUUACAAGCUCUGAGAGCAACUUGAUUAGUAGCAGGGCUACAGAGAUGCUGGACACCAUCAGAGGCAGGCACUCUAAUGAUCUUUCUAAUACCAUGAAGCAGGACUUCUGGAAAUGUUUAACAGAAGAAGUGAAUGCCCUGGGGGUAGCCUGCAGGUCAGAAGAUGAAGUUAGGAACCGCUGGCGGAACAUGUCUCGCAGUGCGAAAGAGAAAUUCACAAACCAUCGCCUGGUGCGACAGAAGACUGGAGGAGGGCCUCCCCCAGCUGCGUUGAGCGUAGCUGAGGAGCAGAUAGUUGAUGCCAUGCAGGACACGGCAGCUUACAUUGGAGUCCCUGGUGGACAGGAGUCUGCUGUUACACAGCUUGAUGCUGGUAACAGCAGUACAUGUACAGUAGAGAAGUCCUGGGAUGAUGCCAUCAGGAGGAUUGCUGGACAACCUCCUGAGCAGUUAUUUGCUGAUGAUGCAGAGGAUGAUGCAGCAGUAACACCAGUGGCAGGACCAUCCUCUGCAUCAUCAACACAGGGACAGAAAAGAUGCCAAGAUGUGCAGGCCACAAAAACAUUUCCAUCGAAGAAGAAAAAGACGGCAGAAGAUGUGUAUUCUAUCCAGUAUGCCUACUUUGAGAGGGAGAUGGUAAAGACUGAGUUGCAGAUCCAGCUGUUGCAGAAACUGCUGGAUGCUGAAACUCAUCAAGACACUGUUAGUCUUCUAGCUGCUUUGUCUCAUUAGCACAAGCUUAUGACACAAAACAGCUAGUCGAACUAUCAAUCUUGUUUUAAUGUUGUAGU